AUGUCCAAAAUUGACGCCGAAGUCAUCAUCGUCGGCGCCGGCAUCGGCGGCCUCACACUUGCUGCAAUCUGCAAACGUCUGGGCAUAUCCUACAAGGUUCUAGAGCGAACAGAAGUUUUACAGCCUGUUGGUGCUGGAAUUUCUCUCGCUCCCAAUGCUCUUAAAGUCCUUGACCAGAUUGGCGUCUACGAAGAGCUUCAGGAGACUGCCCAGAGGUUGCGUAAACUUCAGAUCUGGCGCAAUGCCACUCAGUGGAACACCUUGAGUUUGGAGACAUUCGAGCCUACCUACGGCUACCCCAUUCUGUCUGCGGAGAGGCACAACUUUCACAGACUUCUGUACAAGGCAGCUGGUGAAGAGGAAAACGUUGUUAUGAACUCCAAGGUUGUUGACAUUGUUGACACCCCCGGAGAGCCGGUCCGGAUCAUUGUUGAGGGUGGUACGGAGUACCGUGGAAACAUUGUGGUCGGAGCAGAUGGCAUUCGAUCUGCCGUUCGACGAGCUCUUUUACGCAAUACUGGCCAGGAUAAGGCUGCCAAUACCAUUCAGUUCACUGGACGUGUGCAUUUCUCCGGAAUCACCAGCCCUCUGCCCAACUGUGGCCCCAAGGAGCUUGGGGUUGCCAACUGGAUGCUCUAUGACCAGGCCAUUUUAACAACUUGGCCAUGCAAGGAUAAUAGGCAAUGGUACAUUGGCGUCAAGAAAGCGGAGGGAGAUGUCGACAAAAACCGCUCUGUGUGGGGGUCUAUCACGCCUGGCGAUAUCAAGAAAGUGUAUGGGCGAGCGUUCCAUCCGUUCGCGGAGGAAGGCCAGUUCGGAAACAUUGUCGACAAAUCGGAGAGAGUAAUUGCUAGCAAUGUAUUCCAGGAAGUGGAAUUCCCAUCCAUGUACAAUGGAAGAGUGGCACUUUUAGGUGAUGCCGCCCACAGUAUGACAAGCUUCUUUGGCCAGGGCGGUUGCCAAGCCAUCGAGGAUGCGGCUGUGCUAGGUAAUUUGUUGGCUGAGUAUCGCGACUCACUUGUCGAAGACUCCCAUCUCGUCCUCUCUACCUAUGCUGGCAUCAGAGAGCCCCGAACCAAAGAUUUGUCCAAAUUUUCUGACAACUUUGCUCUGCUGCAUACGGCAAGAUUGCCCUACGGAACUGGUCCACUUGUGAGAUGGCUGCUUUACACCCUUGUGCCCACAUGGUUUUGGAUAAGCUAUCUUGGCUGGCUUUACAAGUACCAGCCAACCGUCACAGCUCUGGGUGCACCGUCUGCCCACGGAAAGAGGAAGGCGUGA